AUGAGCAAAAGACUUGAAAGUGGUGCUAGCAAGCGGAAGAGACUCGAAAAUGCUAUGACAAUGAAGUUAAGACCAAUCACUGCUUUCAUGCAUAAACCACUCAUUGAAGCAACAAGAGUCAGCAGUGAAGCUAUUCGGUCUGAACCAACUACUAGCAUUCAACCAGACAAAAACCUCCCUGAAAGAGAAACAGUGAAGCAGGAUGUGGAACAGCAAGCUGAUUAUGAGGAAGCAGCCAUGAUGCUAGCUCAAACUGAAAAUAUAGAACUAAUUCAAAAGUCACUUACUGGGCAGGGAGAGGCUAAAGAGCCACAAGAAAAGAAUGUGAAUAGUCAGAUUUUGCAGUUCACACCUGAUAUGAUAGUAGGCCAAGUCCAAGGUGUUCCUGAUGCAGAUAAAGACGGUGCCAAACAUAGACCUACUAUACCAGAUGUUGGUUUGCGGCCAGAAUUAUCACAUGAGGAAGUAUCCUAUUGA